CACCAAUUCCUUCUGCAAAAGCAGCCUCUGCAUUUUUGUCUGUCUGAAUGCUACAGCAGCACGGGGGGAAAAAGAUUGUGGAUAAGGCAAAAACUGAAGAAAUGUGACAAUCCAACGGUCAUUUUCAUGGCGAAGGGAAAACUGGUGCGAAAGGAGUUAUUCUUGGACUCCUUUGAGCCUCGAAACGCUGGAUCAAAAUGCUCAUAGUGGAGAAGACCACAGACUUCCCCUCUGCUGAGUUCUCUCUGGUGGAGGAUGUGGCUCUGCACUUCACCUGUUUGAUGGACAGGCUGAAUGAGCAGCGCCUCUUCCAGCCUGACCUGUGUGACGUCGACAUAGUUCUGGUGCGUCAGCGCAGCACCUUCCCGGCCCACAAGGGCGUGCUGGCAGCCUACAGCCCUUUCUUCCACUCCCUUUUCGCCCAAAGCAAACAGCUGCGGCGGGUGGACCUGUCGUUGGACGCCCUGACCUCGCAGGGCCUGCAGCAAAUCCUCAACUUCAUCUACACCUCCAAACUGCUGGUGAGCAGCCGCACUGUCCGCGACGUGCUGAACGCGGCUACCCUGCUUCAGAUGAGCGACAUUGCAGCCUCCUGUCGCGACCUCAUCAGCAGCCACUCGCUGAGAACCACCUGUGUAGAUAUGGCCAAUCAGGAAGGGCUCGGCAGCAGUGACCCGGCUGCUGUAGCGAUCCCCCCCAGCCAGCUGUACCGGGAGAUCAAACAGGAGUCAGAGCUAGGCAGGGUGUACACAAGGGAGGGCAGCAGCCCAUUUUCUGUUAGAGUGGAGGAGGCAGGAAAGACGCCCUCCCAGCAGAAGCAGUACUACCAGAAAGAGGAGGGGACAGGGGGCGGGGCUGGCACAGGUGCUUUGUGCAAAGUAGAAGGUAAUGGGGAGGAGUCAAAGACAGCAGAUAGCCACUCCUCCUUCAACAGAGAUCAGAUCAUCGUUGAAGUCAACCUCAACAACCAGACCCUUAAUGUGUCGAAGGGAUCAGAGGGCAAAUCGGCUACCACCACAGAGACAGCCACCAUGUUUGGCCGUUGCCAUGACAACCAGAGAGAUUCAGAGGAUGAUGAGGAGAAUGAGGCAGAGAAUGAUGAUGCAGUUGAAGAAGAUGAGGAUGACCUGAAGAGGGGAGAUAUACUCGGGCAGAGCAGCGAGGAGGAAGAUGAAGAAGAAGAUGAAGAAGAGGAGGAGAACACCCUAAACAUUCCAGGCUUGGAGCAGACGGCCAUAAUGGAUCGACCUCGACGCGGCACCAGGGCCUUAGCCAUGGCGGGAACCACAGCGUCCAUGCGGCAGACACUGGCAGAGGCCACGCGGGCCAAUCAGCGGCCGGGUGGGAAGAGGACUCUGGACGCAGAGGGCCUGGGCCAGAAGGUGAGGCUGGAGGAGAAGCAACAUUUCCCGUGUAAGAAAUGCCCUCGCGUCUUCAACAACCGCUGGUAUCUGGAAAAGCACAUGAACGUCACUCACAACCGCAUGCAGAUCUGCAAUAACUGUGGGAAACGCUUCCUGCUGGAGAGCGAGCUGCUGCUGCAUCAACAGACUGAUUGUGAGAAGAGUAUCCAGUGCGUGACGUGUGGCAAGGCCUUCAAGAAGCUGUGGUCGUUACAUGAGCACAACAAGAUCGUCCAUGGCUACGCUGAGAAGAAGUUCUCCUGCGAGAUCUGUGAGAAGAAGUUUUACACCAUGGCUCAUGUCAGGAAGCACAUGGUCGCCCAUACGAAGGAUAUGCCGUUCACCUGUGAGACGUGUGGGAAGUCGUUCAAGCGCAGCAUGUCCCUGAAGGUUCAUUCUCUGCAACACUCGGGAGAGAAACCCUUCAAGUGUGAGAACUGUAGUGAGCGCUUCCAGUAUAAAUACCAGCUGCGCUCCCACAUGAGCAUCCACAUUGGACACAAGCAGUUUAUGUGCCAGUGGUGCGGAAAGGACUUCAACAUGAAGCAGUACUUCGACGAACACAUGAAGACACACACUGGAGAGAAGCCGUACAUCUGUGAGAUCUGUGGGAAAAGCUUCACGAGCCGGCCCAACAUGAAGCGCCACCGCCGCACCCACACUGGAGAAAAGCCGUACCCCUGCGAGGUGUGCGGCCAGCGCUUUCGCUUCUCCAACAUGCUCAAGGCCCACAGGGAGAAAUGCUUCCGUGUCAGCAACCCCAUGGUUACAGACGGCAACGACCCCCUCGGCCUCGACCAGCCCCUGGCCUCGCCUGCCGUGGACUCUUCCGGUCAGGUCCAACUGGGGACAGUGCUUCCCGCUACGUCUGUGACCACACCCGCUGCUGCCUCUAGCCCCCACCCCCUCCAUGGCACCCAGUUGUCUCUCCCACUGCUGCACCCCAUGGGGGGGCUGCCUCCCACUCCUCAUUUACCCCCACCACCUCCCCUGUUCUCUGCCGGUAGGAUGAACUCCAACAACUAACAAAUCUCUCUAGCAUUGAAAGCACUUUGUUAUUUUUGUUUUACCGUUUUUCUUUGAGCUUUUACGAGGACUCAGCGGGAAAAGUGAUGUACCUCAGUGACAUUUACACCGAGGGGAAAAACUGAUUGAAGGCUACAUGGAGGCCUCCAAAAAAAAAAACACAUACACCUACCACAAUAAGAGAGUUAUUUUUUACUCUGUUGAAUACAAUAGAUAACCUCAGUGUCCAGUAGGACGUGUCGUCAUCACUCUUCUCGUGAAUUUCAUAACUCUGUCCUGGUUUCAUUUGGGAUUUUCUGACACCACACACAUCUCUCCAGAGCCUUGCACAAUGCAUUGAUUGUAGCAUCUUUUACAAAGUGGGACGAAGCGUUUCCUAAAUCCUCACUCAUACGGGGUUCAUCGGUCAAGUGAGAACCACAUCAUAAUGAGAAAAAAUGUUUUAUUUUCCGUUCUCUGCCAAGAUGUAGCGAGUGGUUCUGGUUCCUACCCAGCAAUAACCAAAUGCUGAUUUGUCUUUGAGCAUAUACAUGUAUAUGGCAUUGCCAAUAACCAAAUCCUGUUAGCUCACCUGCUAUAGUUAGGUAAUGUUAUACAGCAUUUAUAAUCGAUCCUGCACCUUACAUUUAACUCUAGUGAUAUUUAAAAUGUACUCCUAAUUGUCUUCGUUUUUAUAAUUGUGAUAGUGUGUAAUUCGUGGCACGUUAACGUCAAUUUAUAAGGACUUAAGAGAAGUUGUGAUGCGUGGAGAGUCGACAGUGCAAUGCAGUAUGUGCGCGUGUGUGUGUGUGUGUGUGUGUGAGUGAGAGAGAGAGAGAGUGUGUCAGAUGUAAAGCAGAUAUGGGAGGUGAGAGCACUCAGAUCUACAUUUAGCUAAUUAACGCGUGAGCUUCCCCAAAUCAGGAGAUGGAGUAAAUUGCUGACUCUCAUCGUUUGCUUACAUUAAGCAAGCGCGCUCCUCUCCUGUAGAUCUGGCUUUGAAACGAUAUGGCACUUUUCUGUGACUUGUUAGUAAAAACCUAAUGUACUCAGACCUACAGUAUAUAUGUAGGGUUAAUUCUAAUAUUAGUGUUAACUUACAGCUCAUUUCCCGAUUAAACCCAAUCUGUGUAAUUAGUUUGCAGAAUACCAACCGUGUAGGAAUAAUAAUAUUCACAAAACCCUGCUUAUGUAGCUCAUUAAGUGUGCACAUUUCGUCAUGAUGUAUAUUGUGAAAUGCUAAACGUUAUAUUCCAAUCUCCGAAAUAGCACUGAGAGUGAUUACUUUUGGCACAACAGAGCUCAUCACUAAAAAAAAAAAGCUCCCAAACGUUACAUCAUUAUUUCUGUUCAAACUCGUAUACAGUGACCUGGACAUGCAAAAUAAUGUGGUGUAAUACAAAAAAAAAAAAAAAUAGUGGCUCUAUGUGCACUUUUGACUUUUUGACCGUCUUAAAGGAAUAAUUCCACAUUUUAUGAAAUUCGCUUGUUUGCUUUUGCAGAGAGAUUAGAAGGUAGAUACCAAUUUCAUACCUGGCCAUCAAAUAUGAAACUACAUAUUAGUUUAGCCUAUCAAAAAAACUGGAAACAGAGCUAACCAGCUGCAACUAGCUUAGCUUAGCAUAAAGACAGCUAGCCUAUCUCUGUCCAAAGGUAACAAAAUCAAUGUACCAACACCUUUUUAAAGAUCCCAAAUUAACUGGUUAUACCUUGUUUGUUUAAUCCAUUUAAAACUGACAAUUUUUGAUUUUACAGCGCUGUGCCUUCUUGGUUGUCCACUAAUUGUCGCUUUUACACUACAGUUUUUGUACAGCUUAAACAAAAAACGAUAUAACUUUGUUAACUUUAGAAUUGCUGGUAGUUUACCUUUGAAGUGAGCCAUGCUAGCUGUUUCCUCCUGUUUCGAGUCCUUGUGCUAAGGUAAGCUAAUCGGUUGGUAGCUGUAUCUUAACAUCAAAUGGACAGACAUGAGAGUGGUAUCAAUCUUCUCAUCUUACUCUCAACAAGAAAGCAAAUAUACAUAAUUCCCAAAAUGUCAACGUGUUAUUGAAAUCUGACAUUUAAAUCGGUUUCUUAUCCAAAAAGAGUCUCUGUGCACUAUCGAUGCACUCCCGCUCACUUUAUCUAUAGCUAGCCUACUUGUAGUGUAGCAUUAACCUGUAAAUACUGUUAAGAUGUGUUUCUUCCUUGUGAUUAAUUCCUCAUGUUUACAUUGGGAGAGUCAGUUGAAUGUGCCCCUGCGUGUCUUGGCUGGUGGUAGCGGAAGUUGGAAUUUGUGGAUUAAGCUUUUGUAAUUGUAAUAAGCUGUUGAUUGUUUUAUUUAAAAAGACAGAUUUAAGCACCUUAGUGUAGUCUUAUGUCUUAGCCCACCCCUGUUAAAUGUAUUUCUUAAACUGCCAUGGUUAAAUCAUUAGGGCCACAUCACAUGUUAUUUGGUAAUGGUACGUUUUAAUUUUUUUUUUCUAUUUUGAUUUGCUGCUUUUUGUACAGAGUCCAGUUUGAGACUGCCCUUUUUAAAUGAAAAGUGUAGAGCUGUUGAAUUUGUUGGCUGUGAUAAAUCCAAUUUAGCCUUACUGGACAGUGAGCUCCAGGUUUCAGAAACGAGCUACAAUCUAGAUAUUUUGAGCAACUUGAGAAGGUAAAUGCCAACAUUUUAUACCCAUCUCAAGUCUGAUCUUGUCAUUGGUAGAUGGGGACAACAGGCUGUUGACACAGACGGGGAUAAAUGCAACCUGUCAAUGUCACACAAACAUAAGGACUGUUGCUCUCUUGUGGCAACUCAGUAAACUGCACUCUGUAAGCAAUCCUACUCUAAAGAAAGAGAAUAGCCUCCCUCGGAGUUCAUUAUCACUCAUAGUCAUCAUUGGAGAAACCCAUAGUUAUUUGGGAUCGUAAAAAAAGGCUGAAGAUCCACUUACCACUUCACUGUUUCGAGAAGCACUAGCCCAAGAGACAAUACUGAAUUACUGUGGUUAUAGCUUGUGUGUUUGCCUUAUACUUGGAGGGAUUUGAAUGUUUUUGCGUUAUGGAUAGUGAUAGUAGCUGACAGUAAAGGAGGAGGGAUAGUAGUUAUUACUACUGAUUUAUGCACUUUGAUUGCCACACUAGCCCAUAAUGGGGACAUGUAUGCAGAUUUAAGAAGGAAAAAUAGAAAGCAGAGAUGUGUAACGGUAGAGAAAUCUAAAUCCAACAACACAGGUUUUAAGUGACAACAUUUACAAAUCACAGUGAUUUUCUCUGCGUUGUUUGUUUCAAACCGAUCAGAAGAUGCGGUUAGUAAGUUGCAGAAGCGGCAGACCUGGACCUGACUUGUGCUUUAGAAUAACUUUAGUGGAUCAUUGGCUGUGGUGUGGCAUCCCGCACACUGAGGACAACUCAGCUGUGAGCAGUCAGUUAUGUGUAACCCUGCACCUAAACUGGUGUUUCUGUGUUUCAGUCUGCCUGUUUUGCUAUUGUGCUGCUCUUUGACAAGUAUUUGUGUCUCCUCCCUGAGGGUGCAUUCAGUACUCCUACGGUUGUUUCCGGUUUUGUUUGUUCCCUGAUCACUAUCAUAAUCAAGAAAAAAUUUGAGGUCUUACCAGUUUGCUCCUAUUGAAGGAGCUUAAUAUGUGACUGUUAUAUUUCAUGCUAUGAGAAAAUGUAAAGGAAGGCAUCAGCUGCAUAAUUGAUUAAUGAUAAAGAUAUCCAUUACUGCGAGCACUUUAUACUCCGGGUCAGCUAGUUGAGUUUGAAGGCUGAUACAGUAGCAGUUAUUUGAAUCAAAAUCUGCUGAUGAUAGGUGUUUAUUCGUUUGUUUGUUUGUUUGUUUUUUUUGUUUUGUUUUUUUUUAUAUUUCCAUGGCAGAAGAUUAUAGGAAAUUAGAAAAAUGCAGCUUCUGCCAGAAUUUUGUUCUUGGCAGGGGUUCAGUCCUCUGAAACAGCAUUUCAACCGAAGGGAUGACAAAACUGUUUGUUCAGACCCUGCAAAAAUAAUAAGUCCUACUGUCUGUACCUGCUCGGAAUCAGAUCACAAUAAUGUUAUACUAGAAUGUAUUUAAGUUACUGGCUUCCAAAUCAGUGCAGUAUUAAUCAGUUGCUGUUAUGAUAAAUCAAACAAACAAGUGUAAUGUAAAAAACAAAAUGAUUUGGCUUAUCCCACUUUACACACUAUAUUACAUAUAUAGUGCAUGACACGGUAUCCAUAGAAGGUUUAGAGACUGACUUGGCUGUGAAAGUUUAAAUCUACCCUAGAGAGCAGAAUUUGCAUGUUAAUCCUUUGUCUUGGAUUAUUUAGCCUAGCAAAUAAGUCUUCCCGAAAUCCAUCUGCAAAGAAGACAAAACCCAUCUGUGACAUCAUCAAGGUAAUGUUUAUAGGGACCCUUAAAGCACCCGAAUCCUGAAAAAGAAACUCAACAAAUCCUUUUUUGUUGAAGUGUAUUUUUUAAUUUAGUCUUUUAAAGUUAAAUGGCAGUAAAGUCGAGAUUCUAGUAAGUGAGAGGGAAUAUUUUGCACAGUGUUUAGGAGUCCUAUAUUCUAGACAUGUAGGUUUUCUAUCUUUUAAUUAGCCAAAUUCUCCUUUACUAAGGCUAGCAGCCAAAGGCUUGUAUUAGAUUUGGCAAAGGUGGACCUGCUCUUGUCCUCAAAUGAGAGUUUGCCAGUGAUGGUAAGUGGGUGCCUAGACACCGCCGUAGUGACUGUGCAUUCUGAAUUGCACCCAAGGCAAAUGUUUGUCACAUAAUGAAGCAUUAAGAACGGCAGUUGUUUCAAAGCAGAGAGUGCUCAUGAGAUUGCAAAGCUGAGUCUCCGCUGGGACUUGUAAUUUUUAGUGUGUGUCCAAAAGGAUUUGGUUCUGUGGCCUUCAGCUUCCAAGAAAACUGGAAUAUGACUAUCUGACUUUCAUAGCAUUUACUAAAGUGUCAAGAAGAUGGUGGGGGGGGGGGGAAGCUUUGUAUAUAUGUAAGAAUUUGAUGAAAUGUUACUUUAUUGAGGAAGAAAAAAGUUUUACUUUUUUUUUUUUUUUAAGACAAUGGAGGAGUUUUGUUUUUUUUUUGUUUGUUUAUUUGUUUUUCCAUUAUCCCGUAUUUUGGGCAAAGUUAUGGAGAUCCAAAACUGACAAAAGGUUAUCAGACAAGUCAUAAAUAUAAUACGUUAAUAAACUAUAUUGUUAGUUCAAUGAUUAAAAUGGAGUGUAAAAAGUAGAGCGGCAAUUUGUCCAUUGACAAUAAAAAUAAUCUGCAACUAUUUUUGAUAAUUGAUUAAUGGCUUUGAAUCUUUUUCUCUUGCGAAAGCGUGGCAGUCUUCUUCUUCUGUGGUAGUAAACUGUAUCUUUGGCUUUUAGACUGUUGGCUAGACAAAACAGCACAUUUGAAGACAUCACUGUGUUUGCUGGGCAUUUUUUACCUUUUCCUGAAACUUUAUAGACAAACUAAUCCUAUUGAUCAAGAAAAUAAUAAACAAAUCAAUCUAUAUUGAGAUUAAUUAAUCACAGACCUAGUAAAAAGAAACUUUUUUUUUAACUUAAAUCAGUUGGUUAAAAAGCCGAAAGCUACAUGUAAAUUUAAGUAUAAAUUGUAAGACAUAAAAUGUAAAGGAUAUCACAUGAGGUCUGAGAUUUACAUUCGUUGUUGUUUUUGCUUAAAGAUGAAGUUAAAAUGAGCAUAAGAACAAUGUGUCUGUGACUUUCUAAUUAGCAUUACCUAACUAGCAUCAAACUAAAAGCUAAAAUGCUUUAGCUACUGCUGUACAGAGAUAUUAUUGAAUGCAGUAGAAUAUACAGUAUAGAUGAUGAUAUCAGCUGAUUGGCGGUAAAAGCAUAAAGCUUUAUAUUUCUUUUUUUGCACUCAAUUUAGAUAAUUUAACUAACUGAACUAUGUAUUUUUGUGUUUCUGACUCGUCUGAAAAUAUUUGACUAUAUUUUGUCAGUUGUUGGGCUGAUAAAAGAACAUGAAAUUGGAAAGAAGUGUUGUUGGCCAUUUUGCAUGUGAAAGUUUGGUUACCUGGUCUAACAAAUUUGCUCGAUGGUGACUUUUCCCCUUCUUGGGCAAAGGUAUAUGUGACGAUUACCGUAGGUACCAAUGCCGUAGUCAAUUCAAAGAUGUAUUAUCCACGUACCCCUCUACAUUUCCCAUACUUACUCAUUUUGCAGCUGUGUUAAAGAAAUCAUACUGUGUACUGUUAUUUGCUGAUUCUACUUUAUAAUGUAAACACUAUGUCUUAGUUAACUCUGGUGUACAAAGACCAUGUGUAGGCAGUAGUUGUCAAGUUCAGCUAUAUUAAAAUACUAAAAACAGUACAAGGACAAUAGUGUCUAGAGGUGCUAAUAACAUUAGACUGUAUUUUCUGUCUUUUAUUGUAUUAUUGACUAGUGUCUACCAUCUGUAACACAGCAGAACGUAAUGAAAUCAUUUCAAUAUUAAACAGUAUAGAUAUAUUAUUGAAAACGGA